CAGGAAGUGAUGCAGGGCAAAUUCCCAGUAAUGUUCACUCAAUAGAAUACAGGAGAGAGAAAAGAAUAAAGAAACUCCUUAUUCGCGGCUAGGUUCGUCUAGUUUACCACCUUGACAACACCAACGAACGUUAGCCAGACGCCCUUUUUUAGAAAUCUGAAGUGAUAUGCGAAUUUAAUUUCAGACAGGCAGCUCUAGCUAGCUGGUAAGCUAGCAGUUGACGAAAGCUAGUUAGCAGCUAGCUAGCUAUUUGUGUCUGUUGUGGCUGUUUUCUUUGCCUAACCUGUAGGACUGUACGCUUAGGACGUGAUGAACGUCUAUGCACCAACAAUACCUCCAUCCAUUUAAAAGCACCUGAUGGCAUGUUGAGGUGCGCGGCAGGGCCUGGGCAGCAGCAGCAGCAGCAACGUGGUCGUGGUCCUCGUCAGUGCGGGGCCAGCGGGACCUGAGGCACGGCGGGUGGGCGGGGAGGAGGAGGACGAGGGGCGAGAGAGAGAGACAUGGGCCAGUGCGUCACCAAGUGCAAGAACCCGUCGUCCUCGCUGGGCAGCAAGAGCGGAGACAAGGAUCCCGGGGGGAAGUCCCACUGCAAGAAGGGCGUAGGAGGCGGAGCUGGCGGGGGAGGCGGAGUCUGCAAGGAGGAGGCGGGGCCGGUAUGCGCCAAGUCACCCUCAGAUCUCCUGGCCAACGGCACCAAGAAGAUGGAGGCGGAGAGUCGGGUGAUCUCGUCCCACCCGGAGGACGCGUGGAAGGAGGAGCCGGCGGCCAACGGGGAGGAGUUUUCCCUGCCGCGCAUUGAGGAGCUCUUCGGCUGCUACAAGGACGAGCAGGACGACGCCAUCCUGGAGGAGGGCAUGGAGCGCUUCUGCAAUGACCUGUGCGUGGACCCCGCCGAGUUCCGCGUGCUCCUGCUGGCCUGGAAGUUCCAAGCCGCCACCAUGUGCAAGUUUACAAGGAAGGAGUUUGUGGAGGGCUGUAAAGCCAUCAAGGCAGACAGCAUAGAGGGCAUCUGCGCCCGCUUCCCCUGCAUGCUGCUGGAGGCCCAGUCCGAGGACAACUUCAAGGACCUCUACCGCUUCACCUUCCAGUUCGGGCUGGACUCGGAGGAGGGCCAGCGCUCCCUGCACCGGGACAUCGCCAUCGCCCUGUGGCGCCUGGUCUUUACCCAGGACACGCCCGCCAUCCUGGAGUGCUGGCUGGACUUCCUGACGGAGAACCCGUCCGGGGUAAAGGGCAUCUCGCGGGACACGUGGAACAUGUUCCUCAACUUUACUCAGGUGAUAGGGCCGGACCUCAGCAACUACAGCGAGGACGAGGCCUGGCCCAGCCUCUUCGACACCUUCGUCGAGUGGGAGAUCGAGCGCAGGAAAAAGGAGGCGGAGCAGAGGAGCACCGAGGCCCUCCCCGAGGCUGCCGACACAGAGGAGGGCGGAGCAUCAUAGUGAACUGCUAGGAGUGGUAGU